CGGAGGGGGGCGAGGUAGCGGAUCCAUCCGUUCGCGUCGCGCCGGGGGUUUUCUGGCCGGCCGCCGGCUAAACUGGUCCGACACGAACGUCGGUGAAAAGACGCGGGGCUGUUUUUCCGCCAGCUGGUGCCCGCAGUGUCCAUCUAUCCAUGGCCUCAUCCAGGUGACCUCUGCCGACCCCUUUUGGUUGCAGUGUCCUGCAGGAUGCAGUGUGAGGAAGGGACAGAGUGGCUGGUGGAGCUGCUGUCAGAUGUACAGCUGCAGCAGUACUACCUGCGUAUCCGUGAUGAGCUCAAUGUCACACGCCUGUCCCACUUCGACUAUGUCAAGAACGAGGACCUGGAGAAAAUCGGCAUGGGGCGCCCAGGUCAGAGGAGGCUGUGGGAGGCCGUCAAGAGGAGGAGGGCGCUCUACAAACGCAAGUCCUGGAUGAGCAAGGUUUUUCCAGGAAAGCGACCUGAAAGUGACUCCCAGCAGCCUCACGCUCAGGGGGUGUCGCCCGGCCUGGUCCCGCCCAACGGCGAACCGAGCGCCUCGCUCACCUGUCUGAUCCGAGAGGCGGAGCUUCAGCUGUUUGAGCGCCUGGGAGACGGCUCCUUUGGAGUGGUCCGGAGGGGAGAGUGGACUGGUCCCAACGGCAGAGUGCUGUCGGUAGCAGUGAAGUGUCUGAAGGGAGGUGUGUUGGACUCUGAGGGUCUGGACAACUUCAUCAGAGAGGUGAACGCCAUGCACUCCCUCAACCAUCAGAACCUCAUCCGCCUCCAUGGCAUAGUGCUCACACAGCCCAUGAAGAUGGUAACAGAGCUGGCUCCUCUGGGUUCUCUGUUGGAUCGUCUCAGGAAGCGACAGGGUCACAUCCUCAUCUCCUCUCUGUGUGGCUACACCGUACAGGUGGCGUGUGGCAUGGCCUACUUAGAGCAGCGGCGUUUCCUCCAUCGGGACCUGGCGGCCCGGAACGUGCUGCUGUCCACCAAUGACCAGGUGAAGAUCGGAGACUUUGGACUGAUGAGGGCGCUGCCCACUCACACAGACCACUAUGUCAUGGAGGAGAGCCACAAGGUCCCCUUCGCAUGGUGUGCUCCAGAGUCUCUCAAGUCCCGUACUUUCUCUCAUGCUUCUGACACAUGGAUGUUUGGAGUCACUCUAUGGGAGAUGUUCUCACAUGGACAGGAACCGUGGCUGGGCCUCAAUGGGAGCCAAAUCCUCCACAAGGUGGACGUGGAGGCCGAGAGGCUGUGCAAGCCGGACGACUGCCCCCAGGACAUCUACAACGUGGUGCUGCAGUGCUGGAGUCCCAAACCAGAGGACAGGCCGACCUUUAUUGCCCUCAGGGACUUCCUGCUUGAGACCAUGCCCACUGACAUGAGGGCGCUCCAGGACUUUGAAGAGGAGGACAAGCUCCAGAUUGGCUUGAAUGACAUCAUCACCAUCAUAGAGGGGAGGGCAGAGCACUACUGGUGGCGAGGGCAGAACAGGCGAACGUUGCGUGUCGGUCAGUUUCCACGCCAUGUGGUGACAUCAGUGGCCGGCCUGUCCGCCCACGACAUCAGCAGACCACUCAAACACUCCUUCAUCCACACGGGACAUGGCGACACGGACCCACACAGGAGUUGGGGACACGCCGACCGCAUAGACAGUUUGUAUUUGGGCAAUCCCAUGGACCCCCCAGAUAUUCUAGGAAUGGACCCUUCCACCGCUCGGCCCACCAAGCUCCCCAACCGCGUCAAGAAGCAGCCUCCACCUCGUCCACCUCAGCCUGCUGUUCUACUGAAGAAGCCGUUCUACGACUCCGUGCUGGAUGACUAUGAUGACGAGGAAGACGGCAGUGCUUCAUCUGGGCUGAAGAGACUGGGUGUGUCUCUGGGCCUGAAGCUCCGCCCCUGGGAGGGGCCCGGCGUACGCAUGGCCAAAAGCGAGGUGUCGCUCAUUGACUUCACCGAUGACAGCUUCAGCUCAACCACGCCCUCUCCGCUUACUGAAACAGCACAGCAGGAUCAGGACACACUGCAGGACACUCCAUCCAUCUUGGACUGGCCCCUUCCACUGCCAGCUUAUGACGAGGUUGCCGCUGAGUCAGAGGACCAAUCAGAAGACCAAGAGGUGCUUUCUAUUAACAGGGGAUUGUCUGAGGAAGCCUCUGCCCCGCCCAGUGCUGUGGUAGAAGGCAGGAGUGAGUCCCAGUCAGCUGACCUCUUCCAGGAGCUACAGAGAGAGGUGAUGGUGAAGCUGCAGGUUCCAAUGAUGGCAGGCCGCUCCCUUCCCUCCUCUCCCCUCCCCCUCGCCCCCUGUGGUCCCCACCGACAGAUCUACCUCCCUCCCCAAUCCUCCCCUUCCUCUUUCAACUCCUCACUGGAAGACCGCCCAACGCUGCCUCCGCGCACCCCGGUGCCACCCCUGCGUCCGUCCAAGCAGACCCUGCCCAUGCGCACAUCCCGUCAGCAGAUUCGCUCCAGCUCCAUCUCCCUGGGCGACGAGGAGGACCUGCCUCCUCAGAUCCCUCCCAGAGACCAUGCCUUCUCUCAGCCAGGCUCCCGCUCUUCCUCCCCACUCCCUCUGGUUCCUCCCCUCUCCUCCUCACCUCUGGCCCUGCCACCUCCACCCCUCUCCGUAUCCCCACGACGGGCAUCUGGACUCAGCUCCGUCAGCCCCCUGGGGUCCUUCUUGUCCUCCUCCAACACACCUAUCUCUUCCCAUCCCCCCUCCUCCCAACCGCCGCGGAUAACAGCUUCUAGCUCCUUACUGGACCCGCUAUCAUUCCCCGAGGGGCGUGGCCUGUCCCCAUUGAUGGACAGCUCCCAGAGUUCUAUCCCCGCCCCUUUGCCGGAGCGGCCAGCGUACCUAGAAAGAUAUGGAGCAGCCAACAUGGCAGCAGUCAAACCCAUGAUGCAACAGCAGCAACAGCUGGGUGGGGCCAAACCAAACUCCUCCUACAACAACAACAAUGGAGGCACCGCCGCUUCCAGCAUGCAGCAGGAGCAGAGCAUCACACAGGUCCAGGGGUCCGUCCACGGUGUGACAGUAGAGGAGUGCAUGUCUGCUUUGCAAAGCCACAACUGGAGUGUGUCUCAGGCUGUCCGCUUUUUGAAGGUGGAGCAGUUGUUCCGGUUGGGAUUAAGGUCCAGAGCGGACUGUCAGGAAGUUCUGGAGAACUGUCAGUGGAACCUUGAGCAGGCCAGCACUCUCAUGCUGGACACAUACGGGCCGCACCACAACAGGAAGUGACAAGAGGACACUGAUCCGUCUCACGGCUCACCGGCUCACCAUGACUCCGGAUGAAACCGACCGAGCGAAUGACUCACUGUGACGCAGAGAUCAUUCACAUCCCUCAUGUAUCAUUACUGUGAAUACCAGACCCUGCUGUUACCCGCCUUUCAAUACAGGUGCAUGAU